GGGUGAGAUGGUGGGGCCUCCGGCUGCUUUUAAGGCGACAGCCCGCCCCGUCCCGCCUGCUGCCCUGUGCCUGCCUCCCGGAGCUCACUCCCCCAGCUCUCCUGCCCCGUGCGCCCGCCAGCCAUGGUGGGGGCCCGGGGCCUCCUCCUGCUCUGUUUGCUGGCCGGUUCCAGCCUCGUCAGGGCUCAGAAGGUGCGGUCCAAGCGCUGUGACGUGAAGACCAGGUUCAUCACCCAUGUCCCCUGCACCACGUGCGCUGUCAUCAAGAAGCAGGCGUGUCCCUGGGGCUGGCUUCAGCAUUUCCCGGAGAAGAUAUUCCAUGACUGCCGCUACGAGGUCCGGCUGGGGGAUGCGCUGAUGUCCCUGAGUGGCUGCAGCCUGGAGUGCUGGAAAGAUGUGGUGCAGAAGGCCUGCUGCCCCGGCUACUGGGGCUCCCAGUGCUAUGAGUGCCCUGGAGGUGCCGAGACCCCAUGUAACGGCCGUGGGACCUGUCUGGAUGGCAUAGCUGGCAACGGGACCUGUGUGUGCCAGGAGAACUUCAGCGGCUCCGCCUGCCAGGAGUGCCGAGACACCGAUCGCUUUGGGCCUGACUGCCUGUCAAAGUGCAACUGUGUGCACGGUGUGUGCAGGCAUGGGCCGCGAGGGGACGGCAGCUGCCAGUGCUUUCCUGGAUACGGUGGGCCCCGCUGUGACCAAGAGGUGCCCGCCUGCCGGGCUCUGCAGUGCCCGCGGAACUCCGAGUGCUCUGCAGAGGCCCCCGCCUGCCGGUGCCUGCCUGGUCACACCCAGGAGGGCAGCGGAUGCCUGGCGCCUGACCCCUGCCAGCCGUCUCCCUGCUCCCCGCUGGCCCGGUGCUCGGUGAGCCCCACAGGGCAGGCUCAGUGCGACUGUCCCGAGAACUACGCCGGGGACGGGACGGUGUGUCUGCCCGUGGACCCCUGCACCACCAACUCCGGGGGCUGCCCCAGGAACUCCACCUCGUGUGUGUACCUGAAGCCAGGCAAGGCUGUCUGCUCCUGUCUGCAAGGCCUGUCCAGCAUCAGGCACAACACGUCCGCUGGCUGCGCUGCCAUCUGCUAUCCCAGCACUUGUGACAAGUCGGCCACCUGCCAGGUGACCCCCAAUGGGAAGCUCAGCUGUGUGUGCAAGGAAGGCGAGGUAGGGGAUGGGCGCGCCUGCUACGGAAACCUGCUCCACGAGGUGCAGAAGGCCAGGCGGACGAGUGCAAUGUUCCUGCAGCUUCAAGUGGCCAUCAGCAUGCUGGAGCAGGGCUGUCGAGAGAUCCUCACCACGUCUGGCCCGUUCACUGUGCUUGUGCCGUCGGUCUCCUCCCUCGCCUCCAGGACCAUGAACGCCUCCCUCGCCCAGCAGCUCUGUAGACAGCACAUCGUCGCGGGGCAGCACUUGCUGGACGUGCGGGCCUCACAGACGCAGAGGUGGUGGACGCUGGCCGGGCAGGAGAUCACCCUCACCUCUAACCGCUUGAGGUUCUCCUACAAGUACAGCGACCAGCCCCAGCAGACGGUCAGCGUGGAACAGGCCAACUACGUGGCUGCCAAUGGCGUCUUCCACGUGGUCAGUGCCCUGCGCUGGCAGCCCCCCGCUGGGCUCACUGCAGACCCCGAGAGGACCAUUGAGCGGAUCCUGGCUUCCAACGAGGUCUUCAGCCGCUUCCAGACCAUCCUGGAGAACUGCGGGCUGCCUUCCAUCCUCGACGGCCCUGGGCCCUUCACUGUCUUCGCCCCCAGCAAUGAGGCCGUGGAUGGCCUGCGCGACGGCCGCCUGAUUUACCUCUUCACUGCCGGUGUUUCCAAGCUGCAGGAGCUGGUGAGGCACCACAUCUUCAGCCACGGCCAGCUGACCGUGGACAAGCUUAUCUCCAAGGGCCGCAUCCUCACCAUGGCAAACCAGGUGCUGGCUGUGAACAUCUCUGCGCAGGGGCGCAUCCUGCUGGGGCCCGAGGGGGUCCCGCUGCGGAGAGUGGACGUGCUGGCGGCCAACGGUGUGAUCCACCUGCUGGAGGGCGUCCUGCUGCCGCCCACCAUCCUGCCCAUCCUCCCCAAGCAUUGCAACGAGGAGCAGCACAAGGUCGUGGCGGGCUCCUGUGUGGAUUGCCACGCUCUGAACACCAGCACGUGCCCCCCCAACAGCGUGAGGCUGGACAUGCUGCCCAAGGAGUGCGUCUACACCCACGACCCUACUGGGCUCAAUGUGAUGAGGAAGGGCUGUGCCCACCACUGCAACCAGACCAUCACGAAACUCGGCUGCUGCAAAGGGUUUUUUGGGCCUGACUGCACCCAGUGUCCUGGAGGCUUCUCCAACCCCUGCUACGGCAAAGGCAACUGCAGCGAUGGGAUCCAUGGCAACGGGGCCUGCCUCUGCUUCCCAGACUACAAGGGCAUCGCCUGCCACAUCUGCUCCAACCCAAACAAGCACGGAGACCAGUGCCAGGAAGACUGCGGCUGCGUCCAUGGUCUGUGUGACAACCGUCCGGGCAGCGGAGGGGUGUGCCAGCACGGCACGUGUGCCCCUGGCUUCAGCGGCCGCUUCUGCAAUGAGUCCACGGGGGACUGCGGGCCCACGGGGCUGGCCCAGCAGUGCCACCUGCACGCCCGCUGCGUCCGCCAGGGGGGUGAGGCCAGAUGCGUCUGUCUCGAUGGCUUCGAGGGCGACGGCUACUCCUGCACACGCAGCAGCCCCUGCUCCCGCCCGGACCGCGGAGGCUGCUCAGAAAACGCCGAGUGUGUCCCUGGGGCCCUGGGCACCUACAAUUGCACAUGCCACAAAGGCUGGAGCGGGGAUGGCCGUGUGUGCGUGGCCAUCGACGAGUGUGAGCUGGAUGCUCGUGGCGGCUGCCACCGUGACGCGCUCUGCAGCUACGUGGGGCCUGGGCAGAGCCGGUGCACAUGCAAGCUGGGCUUCGCUGGGGACGGCUACGAGUGCAGCCCCAUUGACCCGUGCCGAGCAGGCAAUGGAGGCUGCCACGACCUGGCCACCUGCCGGGCAGUGGGAGGGGGCCAGCGGGUCUGCACCUGCCCCUCCGGCUUUGGAGGCGACGGCUUCAGCUGCUACGGAGACAUCUUGCGGGAGCUGGAGGCAAAUGCCCACUUCUCCGUCUUCUACGAAUGGUUCAAGAGUGCUGGCAUCACCCUGCCCGCUGACAGCCGCGUCACGGCCCUCGUGCCUUCGGAGUACGCCGUCCGCAGGAUGAGCCCCGAGGAGCGAGACUUCUGGCUGCAGCCGAGGCGGCUGCCUGACCUGGUCAGGGCCCAUUUUCUCCAGGGCACCUUCUCCGAGGAGGACCUGGCCCGGCUGGCUGGGCAGAACGUGUCCACCCUGAGCCCCACCACGCAGUGGGAGAUCCGCAACGUCGGCAGGAGGGUGUGGGUGCAGAACGCCAGCGUGGACGUGGCUGAUCUCCUGGCCACCAACGGUGUCCUUCACAUCCUCAGCCAGGUCUUAGUCCCUCCACGAGGGGAUGCGCAGGCCGGGCCAGGGGUGCUGCAGCAGCUGGACUCUGUGCCUGCCUUCCACCUCUUCCGGGCGCUGCUGCAGCACCACAAGUUGGUGUCCCAGAUUGAGGCCGCCACUGCCUACACCAUCUUCGUGCCCACGAACCGCUCCCUGGAGGCCCAGGGCAACAGCAGCAGCCUGGACGCCGACACAGUACGCCACCAUGUGAUCCUGGGCGAGGCGCUAUCCCCGGAAGCCCUGCGGAAGGGGGGCCACCGCAACUCCCUCCUGGGCCCUGCCCACUGGCUCGUCUUCUACAACCACAGUGGCCAGCCGGAAGUGAACCACGUGCCAUUGGAAGGCCCCGUGCUGGAGGCCCCUGGCCGCUCCCUGUUUGGCCUCUCGGGGGUCCUGACGGUGGGCUCCAGCCGCUGCAUGCACAGUCACGCCGAGGCCCUGCGGGAGAAAUGCAUCAACUGCACCCGGAAGUUCCGCUGCACUCAUGGCUUCCAGCUGCAGAACACACCCAGGAAGAGCUGCGUCUACAGAUCUGGCUUGUCCUUCUCCCGGGGCUGCUCCUAUACCUGUGCCAAGAAGAUCCAGGUGCCCGACUGCUGCCCUGGCUACUUUGGCACGCUGUGCGAGCCAUGCCCCGGGGGCCAGGGUGGCGUGUGCUCGGGCCACGGGCAGUGUCAGGACCGGCUGCUGGGCGACGGGCAGUGCCGCUGCCAGGAGGGCUUCCACGGGACGGCCUGUGAGAUGUGCGAGCUGGGCCGCUACGGGCCCAACUGCACUGGAGUGUGCGACUGUGCCCACGGGCUGUGCCAGGAGGGGCUGCGAGGCGACGGCAGCUGUGUCUGUAACGUGGGCUGGCAGGGCCCCCGCUGUGAGCAGAAAAUCGUCCACUCUGAAUGCCCCAAAGAGUGUGACCCCAACGCCAACUGCGUCCGGGACCCGGCUGGAGCCCCCGCCUGCGUCUGUGCCGCAGGAUACUCGGGCAACGGCACCUUCUGCUCAGAGGUGGACCCCUGUGCCCACGGCCAUGGGGGCUGCUCCCCCCACGCCAACUGCACCAAGGUGGCACCUGGGCAGCGGGCAUGCACCUGUCACGAUGGCUACACGGGCGACGGCGAGCUUUGCCAGGAGGUUAACGACUGUCUGGUCCACAACGGGGGCUGCCACGUUCACGCCGAGUGCAUCCCCACCGGCCCCCAGCAGGUCUCCUGCAGCUGCCGUGAGGGUUACAGCGGGGAUGGCAUCCGCGCCUGUGAGCUCCUGGACCCCUGCUCCCAGCACAAUGGAGGCUGCAGCCCUUACGCUGUGUGCAAAAGCACAGGGGAUGGCCAGAGGACAUGCACCUGCGACGCCACCCACACCGUGGGUGAUGGCUUCACCUGCCGCGCCCGAGUCAGCCUGGAGCUCCUUCGGGACAGGCAUGCCUCGUUCUUCAGCCUCCACCUCCUGGAGUACAAGGAACUCAAAGGUGCUGGGCCUUUCACCAUCUUCGUGCCUCACGCGGAUCUAGUGGCCAACCUGUCGCAGAAUGAGCUGGACCGGAUUCGCGCACAAAGCCGGCUGGUGUUCCGCUACCACGUGGUCGGCUGUCGGCAGCUGCAGAGCCAGGAGCUGUUGGACCAAGGCUACGCCACGGCGCUCUCGGGACACACGCUGCGCUUCAGCGAGAGGGAGGGCAGCCUAUACGUGAACGACUUCGCGCGCGUGGUGAGCAGCGACCACCAGGCGGUGAACGGUAUCCUGCACUUCAUUGACCGCGUUCUGCUGCCGCCGGAGGCGCUGCACUGGGAGCCUGGCACCACCCCGGACCCGCAGAGAAACGUCACUGACGCGGCCGAGAGCUUCGGCUACAAGACCUUCAGCCGCCUCGUGAGGCUGGCCGGCCUCCUGCCCCUGCUCCAAGCUGCGUCCCACAGGCCCCUCACGAUGCUGUGGCCCACAGACGCUGCCCUCAGAGCCCUGCCCCCUGACCGCCAGGCCUGGCUGUACCACGAGGACCACCGUGACAAACUGGCCGCCAUUUUACGGGGUCACGUGAUCCGCAAUGUGGAGGCCUUGGCAGCUGACUUGCCCAACCUGGGCCCGCUUCGAACCAUGCACGGGAACCCCAUCUCCUUCUCCUGCAGCAAAACCCGACCUGGCGAGCUCAUGGUGGGUGAGGACGAGGCCCGCAUCGUGCAGCGGCACCUGCCCUUCGAGGGGGGCCUGGCCUAUGGUAUCGACCAGCUGCUGGAACCCCCUGGCCUUGGUGCGCGCUGUGACCGCUUUGAGACCCGGCCACUGAGAAUGAAGAUCUGCAGCAUCUGUGGGCUGGAGCCCCCCUGCCCUCGAGGCUCACAGGAACAGGGCAGCCCUGAGACCUGCUGGCGCUACUACAAGUACUGGACCACACCUACACUGCGCUCCCUGGCACUACACACCUCUUUGUUGCCGCCCAGAAUAUGGGGCCAGCCCCACAGCCUGGGCAGGGGCUGCCACCGCAACUGUGUCACCACCGCCUGGAUCCCCAGCUGCUGCCCUGGUCACUAUGGCAGCGAGUGCCAAGCUUGCCCUGGUGGCCCUAGCAGCCCCUGUAGCGACCACGGUGUGUGCCUGGAUGGCAUGAACGGCAGCGGACGGUGUAUGUGCCGACCGGGGUUUGCGGGGACAGCCUGCGAGCUCUGCGUGCCCGGUGCCUUCGGAGCCCAUUGCCAAGCCUGCCGCUGCACCCCCCACGGCCGCUGUGACGAGGGCCUUGGGGGCUCUGGCUUCUGCUUCUGUGAGGAAGGCUGGACUGGGCCACACUGCGAGGUGCAGCUGGAGCUGCGGCCCGUGUGCGCCCCACCCUGCGCACCCCAGGCCACGUGCCGUGCGGGCAACAGCUGUGAGUGCGGCCUGGGCUAUGAGGGGGACGGCCGUGUGUGCACAGUGGUUGACCUGUGCCAGGACAGGCAUGGGGGCUGCAGCGAGCACGCCAACUGCAGCCAGGUGGGCACAGCAGUCACCUGCACCUGCCUGCCCGACUACGAGGGUGACGGCUGGAGCUGCCGGCCCCGCAACCCCUGUGCAGACGGCCGCGGCGGGGGCUGUAGCGAGCACGCCGACUGCGUGUACACGGGCCCGAACACACGGCGCUGUGAGUGCCACGCAGGCUACGUGGGCGACGGGCUGCAGUGUCUGGCGGAACCGGAGCCCCCCGUGGACCGCUGCCUGGGCCAGCCACCGCCCUGCCACAUGGAGGCCACGUGCACCGACCUGCACUUCCAGGAGCAACGGGCUGGCGUCUUCCACCUCCAAGCGCCGCGUGGUCCUUACGGCCUGACCUUCCCGGAGGCCAAAGCUGCGUGCGAGGCCCAGGGCGCGGUCCUGGCCUCCCUCCGUCAGCUUUCUGCUGCCCAGCAGCUGGGCUUCCACCUGUGCUUCGUGGGCUGGGUGGCCAACGGCUCCACUGCCCACCCUGCGGCCAACUGCGGUGACGGUCCGGUCAGCCUGGGUCCCCGCCAGAACCUCUCGGAGCGCUGGGAUGCCUACUGCUACCGCGCACAAGAUGUGGCCUGCCGCUGCCGAGACGGCUUCGUGGGCGACGGGGUUGACACGUGCAACGGGAAGCUCCUUGACGUCCUGGCUGCCACGGCCAACUUCUCUACCUUCUAUGGGAUGCUGCUGGCCUAUGCUAACGCCACCCAGCGGGGUCUCGACUUCCUGAGCUUCCUGCAAGAGGAGCUCCCCUACAAGACACUCUUCGUCCCCGUCAACGAAGGCUUCAUGGACAACAUGACGCUGAGUGGGCCCGACCUGGAGCUGCAUGCCUCCAACACCACCUUCCUGAGCGCCAACGCCAGCUGGGGCACCUUGCUCCCCGCGCACUCGGGCCUCAGCCUCCUCAUCAGUGCCGGGGGGCCCGGCAACAGCUCCAUGGCUGCUGCGGCCCCUGGGGCAGUUGUGGUUAGCCGUGUCAUUGUGUGGGACAUGCUAGCUGCCAACGGCAUCAUCCACACUCUGGCCAGCCCCCUGCUGGCACCGCCCCAGGCCCGGGCCGUGCUGGCGCCACGGGCCUCUCCCGUGGCAGCAGGUGUGGGAGCCGUGGUAGCGGCUGGAACACUGCUGGGCCUGGUGGCCGGAGCCCUCUACAUCCGUACCUGCGGCAAACCCACAGGCUUUGGCUUCUCCACCUUCCAGGCGGAAGACGAUGCUAACGACGACUUCUCCCCGUGGCAACAAGCACCCAGCCCAACCCUGGUUUCUGUCCCUAACCCAGUGUUCGGCAGCCACGACGCCUUCUGUGAGCCCCUUGACUCGCUCCUGGACGACGACUUCCCCGACACGCAGAGGAUCCUCGCUGUCGAGUGACGGACUGUGCCGAAGCGGACGCCCUGUGCCCGAGGGAGACGGCUUUUAUUGCUUGUCGGGACGGAGGCCAGAGGCGGGGCAGGAGGGGCGGGGGGCCGGCCCCGGACAAUAAAGGUGCCUUCAGCGGAUGUGGGCCAUGUCGCCGA